GGGCAGCUGGUGAAACGAAGAUGGGGUGGCUGGUCCCAGUUCCGCCGCCUCCGACCAAAAAGAAAACGCAAGCGGACGACAAGUUCUUCAUCGUCGUGAGAGAGUCAGACAUGUUCUGUUGGCAGUGUCUCACCGAUAUGACCGAUGCCGAAAAACUGUCGAUCAUCGACGACAUUCUCGCCUUUAGGGGAGUGUUCGUGCAAUCUGCAGGCGGGCAUCUCAAACGUCAACAUAAGCCUGGAAUUAAAGACAUGGUCAUGACGAGGAAAGUGGACCGCAUGAUGGUCCGCAUGCUUCACUACAUCUUGUUCCUUGAAACAGAGGAGGACGCAGAGGUUUGGCGCUACGGGAGCCUUUUUUUCCGGACCAAGGGGCAGCUUCUGGCAGAGUUCGGGCCGCAGGGCCUCACGAAACAGGUGUGGGUCGAACUGCGAAAGCAUUUUCAGGGUGCGGUGGAGUAUGUGAAGACUUGCAAACGUAAUCUUCCGCUCGAGAAGGAGUCCCUCGACGACACGAAGAGAAUGUACGAGGAUGACAGUUUCUUGAAAGGCAUGGCCAGGCUUAGCGUCCAUCAUGUCAGGACAGGGAAGUGGGUGCGCCAUGCACAAAGGAAGGCCACUGUCCGGGAAGGCAAUAUGCUGGUUGAGGAGUGUGAUCGCCUAUAUGUGAUUUUCAAUGGCGAGAACCUGGCAGACAACACAGUCGCACUCUUCCCGACCAUUAGCCCGACAAAGUCUCCCCGUGCUCAUGGUCCAAGUCCGGGCAAACACGAGGUGGCGGCCCGCUCGAAAGCUGUCUGUUCGUCGGACCCAUCAGAACAGGUUGUGGCCUAUUUCGGCGUGGCGGACGAGGACUGGUUUCCUCGUAGCCAGUGGGAGGACGGCGGCGUGAUAAAUGUUCGUGGACCUGCUUACGGGGACAGGGAGCGGAACCCGUCCGAUCUACUUGGUCUACUCGAAAAGUUUUGCAGAGUUGGGCAAAUUGUUUUUUUCUUUGGGAAGGCGCAUGCAUCUGUCGUGUGGGAGCUCCUGCGCAACGUUCGGGAUGUCGUCGCGUUGGAGGACAAGGCGAACAUGAUCGAUUACCUUAACGAGUUCGUGAAGACACGCGCGGCAGACCCUCGCAAUAAUUGCUCUUUUGCCAAGACCACCGACGAACGGAACUGGGAUCCCAAACGUGACAUCUAUUGGAAAUUGUCGGGGAACAAAAGGAUGAAGGUUUGGGACUUCCUUUUCCAAACCGGACCGCCUGCUCAGACCGACCUCGAAUACAAUCGACGGAGAAACCUGGUGUUCGGUGUGCUGAAUGGGUACCACGAUGCACCCAGGGAGUCUGUCUCGAAUUUCCUAAGAAAGCUGGACAACGUUUUCUUCUUGAUGGCCGAACCGCUCACCCUCGAAAACUACAAGGCGAAGUUUGACGAGGAAGACCCUUUCGACGCGGAAGACAUAGAGGAGCUGAGCAACUCCGAAACCUUCGAUUUCGAGUCCAUGCCACUUCCUCGGGUGGUUGGACAGGUUGGUGAUGAAGGGGAAGGUGGUCCUCGGAGAUAUAGCACGUUCCCUGCCGGUUUGAAGCGUGUGUUUGAGCGCGAAAGAGUUGACGACCAAUCGUCUGAUGACGGGAAGGAAGAGAGAGACUAUGAUUACGAACCUUGUGACAAGCUCCCUGGGGACCAUGAUACCGAGGAGAAUGACAGACUCUUCUUCUUCGACAAGCAUCACCGGAUAUUCCAACCUGCUGUAAAGAAUGGAAAGUGGGUCAUGACAAUGAAGGAUGCCGAUGGCAAGUGGAGUGACAUGAACAGACUGGGAGCGGGUCCAUUUAAGAAAAAGGCGAGAGAUGCUCUGGUGGAGCAUUUGAGUCUUAUGAACCCCGAAAGGAGCUUCUCGGACGUCACUGCGUAUGCAGGCCGGAAACUCUACGAGUUGUAUGAUGACAAUAUGUUGGAGUUUCGAGCGCCUUUCUACACACUCGAAACGACACCGUCUCGUGGCAUUGACUGGCGCAUGCCACAACCUCCGUCGGGCGAUCAGCAUCCGGGAAGGGGUGGCGGAGGAGACCAAGGAGACGGCGGAGGUGACGGAGGAGACGGCUCACAAUUUCUCGGAAAGGGGUCGGGCGAAACAUCGUCGGGAGAAAAGGCGUCUGGCGGAAAGGGGUCAGGCGGAAAGGGGUCGGGCGGAAAGGGGUCGGCUGGAAAGGGGUCGGGCGGGAAGGGGUCGGGCUGGAAGGGGUCGGGCGGAAAGCGUAGAACGUCCAGGAGCCCCCAGUAUAGGGAAACUGACAGCCACUGCGUAGAGAGUCAAGAUUCCGAUAUGCGAGACGUGGCCACCCUCAGGUCUAGUCAACAUACGGCGGCAUCUCCUGAGCGGCGAAACUUUUCCUUGAUAGGAAUUGCGUCUUCGUUUUGCCUGGAGGGCGGGAUGCCUGCAUUGCGAACGAGCGAAGGUGCGACCAUCAGUUCCCUCACCUCCGGCGAGCGCCACAAACUUCGAAUAGAUUCGGAGUCCCUAACGUCGCCCUGGAGGCCUUCCGCCAGAAGUGCUCCUCACGCUACAGUUCCGCGGGGCCAAGAAAAUGUGACGUCCUACCCCCCGCAUCUUCAGUUGGGCACAGGGUUCCCCUGGUCACCUCCGUUCUCAUAUGGUGAGACUCGAGACUGGCGGUUUCGCGACGUUCUGGAGGGGCCCGCUGCAGGAGUGUUGGAGACCGGUGGUGGUGAGUACGGACGUCAUGCUUCGGAGGGUGUACCAGUCGACGUUGAAAGCAAGAGUACAGCGGCUCCUGGGAAGAGGAGCGCUCUCCGGGAGCACAUGCUGUACAGCGGGAAGACGAGACUCAACACUGGCAGUCUCGCAAAGGGUUGGAGACCUGGGGUAACGAGCGUGAAUGUCAUGCUUCGGAGGCGGGAAGAGGACACUCAACACUGGCCAGCUCGCGAGGUCGUGAAGGGGCUCGACGCAGGAGUGCUGGUGAUCGGGACGUCCGAAGAGAUUCUGCACAGUCGUUCGGUUGUGGCCACGACGCGUGAGGGUGUCGUUAAGGAAGGUCAGUGGACGUUCGUGGACGCUCGCCUUCUUGGCGAUGAGGAAGGCGAAGAAGAACCCGUGGUGGAAGCUCGGGUUCAUGGCGAUGAGAAAGGCGGAGAACCCGUGGUGGGAGGCGCUGAGGUGACGGUCGGCAUCCAGAUGGAUCCACAACGGAAAAAUGAUGAUUCUUCGCCCACCCGUUGCGGUGAAGAACAGGGCGAUCGAGCCUAUGUCCUCAGUACCGGUUGGGAAAUAGUGCUUCAUGAAGCCACCGAGUUGGGUAACGACUCGGCUGUCACCGAGCUGGUUAGCGACUCAGGCGUGGCCGAGGUGCAGAACGUCGAAUCCUCUGUGGAAGGCGGUGAGGUGGCCAUCAGCAUCAAGAUGGGUCCAGAGAGGAAAGAUCAUGAUUCUCCGUCCACCCGUUGCGGUGAAGAACAGGGUGAUCGAGUGUCUAUCCUCAGUACCGGUCGGGAAAUGGUGCUUCAUGAAGCCAUCAAGUUGCAUAGCGACUCAGCUGCCACCGAGUUGGUUAGCAACUCAGCCAUGGCCGAGGUGCAGAACGUCGAAUCCUCCGUGGACGUUGGCGCAGUGGCGCGACAGGAGGGCGAUUUCCCUCAAAGGGCUCCCGAGCAUGGUAAGAUUUGUGAAUAGUAGCACUCACAUAUCUAUCACUAGCCAACUCUG